CACAAUGAGCAGCAGUCGCAGCCACGUAGCGAGGUGUUAGACGCUGUCUAUGACAAUUUGGUCCACGUGACCGCGCAGUGAACCCGGCCUCGGCCCAGAAGUUGAAUUGCUCACCAAACAGAUACAAAAUCAAAACAAAGCUGUUGCUGGAGGAGAGGAUACAUUAUGCGAUUCUGCUGAGCAUAAGACGCUGAACAGGACUGGAACAGGAGCAGGAAACGGCUGCCACUUCUCGGGAGUCACAGAUGUUACUGAGGAUGUGACAGUGACGCGUCAAUAUUGUACAGCCUCGGCGAUGCGCCGGUGAUGACUCGGUCUUCUUGCUCGCUGUUAGCGACAACGGCGACGCUGCGGCGACGACACGCUCCCCGAUGCCGAAGGCAGCCUCGACCACUUUCACUCAUGUCCACGCCGGCGACUGGCGGUCACCGAACAACCCCCAUGCUCUCAAGCGCAACCAGGCGUGCCACCAGUGUCGGAAGCGGAAGCUGAAAUGUGACGCGAAACGGCCCUGUACAACAUGUAUCCGCUCGCAUGCAUAUGCGCUCGCGCAUGCGCCACCCGGCGCGACGAUGCCUGCGGGACCGGACUGCACGUACGACCUCGUCCCCAAUCUGUCCGGGCUACUACAACAAGAUCCGCCAGAAGGCCGGCUGGAGAAGCUCGAAACCAGGAUAGCGGAACUCGAGGCGUUGCUUGCUGAGUCGCACGAAGAAGCGGGCCCGUCCAGCUUUCCUGGACCGCUGCACUUCGGCGGACCCCCGCAGCUGGGCGGCCACCCUCAGCUCGGUGUGCCAGGGCCCUCGCAUAUCCCGAUCGACCCUGCCCUCCUGCCAGGGCCUGAUCUCGAGGCGCGCACGCUCAUUUAUCAGGGCCCAUUCACAUCGACACCGGACAGCGUCAUCGACCCGCUCCUGACCGGCGGAUACGACAUGUCACAACAUCUACAAGCGGGCGCGCUGAACAGUUUGGCGGAGGCCGCUGCGCUCUCGGUCAAUGACCAGGAUAUGCAGAUCGAGGAGAGCGUUGCGCUGCAUGUGCCGAGGCCGCACCCCGUUGAGGAAGUCUUUGCGCUCGGCUGGUCAAAGAAUCUGCCGAGUCCUGAGCUAUUGAGACAUCUAGUGGAUGCAUACUUCUCAUUCAACGCAGAUGCGAGUAGGCUCCUUCACCGUCCGACGUUUAUGGCCGACCUCUCGCUCCCUCCGACACACCCACGCUUUCCCUCGACCGCGUUACUCCACGCGAUAUGUGCCAUCGGCAGCUUCUACACUGCGGCAGUCGAUCCUUCGCCGAAUCCAACAAAAUCGCCUUUCCCGAUGGACGACCCAUUCGAUAGUAGACACUGGAUGCAUGGGCGAAAACCGUACUCCUUCGCGGAGGUACAAGUACAGCAUGCGAACACUGCUAUUUUGAGCGCCUCAUCGGUCGGAGAAGAUAUCAUACAAGGGCUGCAAGCCGAGAUCAUUCUUAGCACCUGGUAUUGGACAUCAGCGAAAUGGGCAGCGGCGUACAUGUCGAUUGCGCGUUCACUGCGUACAUGCCUGCCAAUGGGCUUGAACGUCGCCGCGCCUUUCCACCCAAUCUCAGGCAGCGCCAGACCACCGUCGCUCUUGCCCCCGGCGAAUUCCGUCUUAGAAGAAGAGCUGAGGCGGAAUACCUUCUGGCUAGCAUAUGCACUGGAGCGCACCAUGGGAUCUGGCCACGGAUGGGCGCUGAUGCUCGAUGACCAAGAUAUAUCCCAAAUGCUACCCGUCUGUGGCGAAGAUUUCGAGGAAAUGAGGUCUGUGGCUACACACGAACGACAGUGGUCCCACGAUCAUGAUGUCCUCAUCCGGCACCCACCACGGCAGACGGAUCCGUUCGUCCUCUAUAUCAAGUCGUGCAUGCUUCUCUCUCGGGUGAAGAACUUCAACGCCCGUUUCCGCGCGAAAUACUACGCCGGCGACCCGUCGACCUUCACAGUCGACCCUAACGGGCAGAGCACGCCAUCCCAGGAUAUCCGGCACACGCCUGCAUUCUCCGAGCUCAACCAGCUCAUCACCGACUUUCAAAGCUCGAUCCCGCCACACUUGAAGCGGCCGGUCAAGAACGGGGUCGUGAACGCACAUCUAUUCUCGGCGUGUACGAUAGCCCAUCUCGCUGUUAUCCUCCUCCACGAGACGCACGCGCACAUCGAGUCAAAGACAUGCCAUUCGUCUUUGAACAUUUUGAACGCUGCACGGGGCAUUCUGAAUCUCAUGUACGAUGUUUGCGCGACCAGCUAUAAUCUGUCGCUGCUGGGACAGUUCGUUGUGGUCAGUAGUGCACGUCAAUCGAGGCUAGGUUUGCUCACGUCAUCUCACAUAGGCUGCGUGGUUCAUGGCUGGUCGAGUGCUCAUCCGCUUCCUACGCGUUGCCGUUCAGUCAAAAGCAGCGCAACAAACGGCAACGCUGAUCGCAGAGCUAGAUUUCAUACGGUAAGAUCUUAAUGGCCAGUGAUGCUUGAUGCAUAUACUCAGCGAGCUCUAGUACUGCUAUGUCGCAGAUUGGG